AUGAGUAGCGUGCACGACUAUGAGGCGGUCCGUAAGGACAUCGUCGCUCAACUGAAGAAGCCCGACUAUGAUGAUGGAAGCGCUGGACCGGUGUUCGUCCGGUUGGCAUGGCAUUCCUCCGGAACCUAUGAUUUUCAAUCCGAUACUGGCGGUUCAAACGGCGCCGGUAUGCGCUAUGAAGCGGAGGGUGGCGACCCAGCCAAUGCGGGUUUGCAGCAUGGCCGGGCCUUCCUGGAUCCGGUCAAGGAAAAGCAUCCUUGGAUCACAUACUCAGACUUGUGGACACUGGCAGGCGUAGUCGCAAUCAAGGAACUGGGAGGCCCCGAGAUUCCCUGGCAAGGCGGACGUACUGAUCUGGUGGACGACUCGAAGGUGCCUCCACGGGGUCGACUGCCCGACGGUGCUCUGGGCGCCGACCACCUGCGAUUCAUCUUUGGCCGUAUGGGCUUCAACGAUCAAGAGAUCGUUGCGCUGACUGGCGGUCACAACCUCGGCCGGUGCCACGGCGACCGUAGUGGGUUCGAGGGACCCUGGGUCACCAACCCGACCCGUUUCUCGAACUCUUUCUUCAAGUUGUUGUUGACGCUAGACUGGAAGCCCCGCAAGCUGUCAACGGGUAUGACCCAGUUUGUGUAUGAAGAUCCCGAUGCCGACGAGGAUGAGGAGCCUCUGAUGAUGCUGCCAACCGACAUGGCGCUGAAGACCGACCCGGCUUUUGCACCUUGGGUGCAUGCUUAUGCCAAGGAUAAGGACCUGUUCUUUGAUCACUUUUCCAAGGUGUUUGCGAAGUUGGUUGAGCUGGGUAUCCAGCGUGAUGCGCAGGGUGUCAUCACCAACACCGACAACAAGAUGGGUGGAUAUUUUUCUGCGCCCAAGAAGAGCAACACAGCCACCGGUCCGAAGAAGGGUGAGCCUCGGGCUCGCCUGUAG